GAGGCGGGAAAAAGGCGAGUAGAAAGAGAUGAAGGAGAAAGGCGUUGGAGAAGAGGUGUCAGUGGACGAACGGUACACGCAAUGGAAGUCACUUGUUCCUGUUCUUUACGAUUGGCUUGCUAACCACAACCUUGUUUGGCCUUCACUCUCUUGUCGAUGGGGGCCCCAGUUUGAGCAAGCAACUUACAAAAACCGCCAGCGCCUCUACCUUUCCGAGCAGACUGACGGCAGCGUUCCAAAUACGCUUGUCAUAGCUAAUUGUGAAGUUGUAAAACCUAGGGUUGCAGCAGCACAACACAUAUCUCAGUUCAACGAAGAAGCACGUUCGCCUUUUGUAAAGAAGUUCAAAACUAUUAUUCAUCCUGGCGAGGUGAAUCGAAUUAGGGAACUGCCUCAGGAUAGCAAGAUAGUGGCCACACACACUGACAGUCCUGAUGUUCUUAUUUGGAAUGUUGAGUCUCAGCCUAAUCGUCAGGUUGCCUUGGGAGCAAAUAAUUCUCGACCAGACUUGAUAUUGACUGGACAUCAAGACAAUGCUGAAUUUGCGCUCGCAAUGUGCCCUUCUGAGCCUUUUGUGCUCUCUGGAGGGAAGGACAAAUCAGUUGUUCUGUGGAGCAUUCAUGAUCACAUGUCUACUUUGGCAGCAGAUCAGGGAGAUACAAAGUCUCCUGGAUCUGGAGGAAGUAAUCCGAAACCUUCUGCAGAAGGCCCUACUGUUCAAGCUCGAGGUAUUUUCCAAGGACACGAUGAUACUGUAGAAGAUGUUCAGUUUUGCCCUUCCAGUGCACAGGAGUUUUGCAGUGUUGGAGAUGAUUCUUGCCUAAUACUGUGGGAUGCAAGAACUGGUUCUUCUCCUGCUGUCAAGGUAGAAAAGGCUCAUAAAGCUGAUCUUCAUUGUGUUGAUUGGAAUCCGCACGAUGUAAAUUAUAUUUUGACUGGGUCGGCAGACAACACUGUUCGCAUGUUUGAUCGACGAAACCUCACUUCUGGGGGAGUGGGAUCGCCUGUACAUAUCUUUGAGGGCCAUAGUGCUGCUGUGCUUUGUGUACAGUGGUCCCCGGAUAAAUCAUCAGUAUUUGGAAGUUCGGCAGAAGAUGGUAUCCUAAACAUCUGGGAUCAUGAAAAGGUUGGUAAGAUGGCGGACUCUGCUGGUAGAAAAGCUCCAAAAUCUCCUCCUGGCUUAUUCUUUCGUCACGCUGGACAUAGGGAUAAGGUGGUUGACUUCCACUGGAAUGCAGCAGAUCCAUGGACUAUUGUUAGUGUCUCAGAUGACGGUAGUGAAAAUACUGGCGGAGGCGGUACAUUACAGAUAUGGCGAAUGAUUGAUCUCAUUUACAGACCAGAUGAUGAGGUACUAAAUGAACUGGAGAAGUUCAAGUCUCACCUGCUUACUUGUUCUUAAUGUCUCCACAUAGGCGACGGCACUGAUGUUCAAGCCAUGUUUUGAAUUUGCUGACUCGAUCAAAUGGCUGGCUUUUGAUGUUUAUGUAUUGAAUCCCAAAUUUAAUCUUUUCAUAGACUUUAAAGCUUCUAGGGUAUAACAUAUUAAGGGACUUUUAGGGGUUUAUUUGGUGCUUGCUUGAAAGAGAAUGCCAUGUAUCUAUCUUUCCACUGUUUCAAUCCAAAAGUUAAGGCCUAAGAGGUAGAAGUGUGGGAUUUCAAUGGCUAAAAAAACAUUGAAAACUAGUUACCUUAUCUCAGAGAAACAGAGUUGAAGCUGUUAGUGUUUUCGACCUAA